UACGAAAUAAUUCUAUAUCCCUUCUCUCUCACCAAAUCCUUUAGGGUUUUCGCCGCCACCGCCGUUGCCGUCGCCGUCGUCAACCUUCUUCUCUACUCUGCUCACCGAAACCCUAAGAAUGCAACCAGCGAAUUCCAUGGUUCCACAACCAAUGGCGGCUCCAUCGCAACAACAGUAUCAACAGCAGCCGCAGCAACAUUGGAUGGCUCAGCAGCAGCCGGCAGCGUAUCAGGUUCCGCAGCAGCAAUCGGCGUAUUAUUACCAGCAACAGCAACAACCUCAGUACAACGCCGCGGCAGCUGCUGCUCAACCGACCAGUUCCGAUGAGAUCCGGAGCUUGUGGAUCGGAGAUCUACAGUUUUGGAUGGAUGAACAGUAUAUCCAGAACUGCUUCGCUCACACUGGAGAGGUGGCCUCUGUUAAAGUUAUCCGCAACAAGCAAUCUGGACAAUCUGAGGGUUAUGGAUUUGUUGAGUUUAUUAGUCAUGCGGCUGCUGAAAGAAACCUACAAACAUAUAAUGGCUCCAUGAUGCCUAAUAGUGAGCAACCCUUUAGACUCAACUGGGCAUCACUCGGUUCGGGUGAAAAACGUUCAGAUAAUGGUCCUGAAUACACAAUUUUUGUUGGAGACUUGGCAGCUGAUGUCACUGACUAUAUGCUUCAGGAGACAUUCAGGGCCAACUACCCCUCAGUCAAGGGUGCAAAGGUUGUGACUGAUAGGGUCACUGGGCGCACAAAGGGCUAUGGGUUUGUUAAAUUUGCAGAUGAAAGUGAGCAAUUGCAUGCUAUGACUGAGAUGAAUGGCAAGUUCUGCUCCACUAGGCCAAUGCGGAUAGGCCCUGCAGCUAACAAGAAGAGUGUACCUGGUCAGGUGCAAGCUUCAUAUCAAAGUACCAAUGGAACUCAAAAUGAGGACGAUCCUUCUAAUACAACUAUAUUCGUUGGGAAUUUGGAUGCUAAUGUAACAGAUGACCAUCUAAGGCAGGUUUUUGGAAAUUAUGGACAGUUGCUUCAUGUGAAAAUACCAGUAGGCAAACGUUGUGGCUUUGUUCAAUUUGCUGACAGAAGUUGUGCUGAGGAAGCUCUACGAGCAUUAAGUGGAACUCAGCUGGGUGGACAAACUAUCCGCCUUUCAUGGGGUCGUAGCCCUUCCAACAAGCAGCAGCCUCAGGCUGACCCAAACCAAUACGGUGGUUAUUAUGGGUAUUCAGCUGGAUAUGAUGCUGCCGCUGCUGCUGCCUAUGGUUAUGCUCAACCUGCUCAGGAUCCAAAUCUAUAUUAUGGGGGUUACGCUGGGUAUGGAAAUUACCCUCCACAGCAGCAACAACCACAGUGAUCUCUGCUGGUUAAAGGAGUCGACGAAAGCUUCCUAGCACAGUAAUGCAACGAUGUAGAAAGGGAGGGGCAUGGAUUCGAAGUUUGCAUCAGAUUUAGUAUAAGAUAAACUACUGUAGGCUGGUUCUUGAAGAUCAGUAUUUAUGGUUGUGUUCAACCAUCGCUUACUUUUUCAUUAGUUACCUUCUGUUAUUUUUCAUUGGUUUUUUUGUUGAUCUUUUUGUUUUUUGCGCUUUUAUGUUUACUUUUCAUGAGUCCAACUUGGUACUUGGAUUUUUGUUCUAGUUGGUUUUUACAAGGCACAAAGAGGUUAUACAUAACGAGUAAACGUAUAUUGUAAUCUGCUAUAAUUUAUGUAUGGACAAACAAUGGUAUGGUAUUUUAUUUAAAAAUAGUUUUUCGCUUGGAAGAAAAAAUUUA